AUGGCACCAACAUUCCUCGACCAGGACGCAGACACUAUGGUCCGCGUCGUCCAACGCGGGCCUGUGGAGUCCAAACAAACCGAAUUCAUGGUACUGGCCGCUGCCAUCUCCAUCAGUCGCUACUGGGAAGCAUUCAUUCGUCACAUGAAUGGCACUUCGGGCUUCAAGCCAAACAACACGCACGUUGAGGACACCGGCAUAACUAUCGUCGCUGUCGAGAUCGUUCUCCGCGGCCUCCACCAGGCCUAUCACCAUCGUAAGAGUAACAGCGGCGGCUCCAACGAGGGUGACGCAAACAGUGUCGAGGGACAAGUCACAAACAACGAGUCUGUCACCGUCGGCGACGGUGGGGCAGUUCCGACUCUUGGUCCAAGGGACGUGGACGUCUACUUCCCUCACGAGCUCCUCAAGGCAGACAUUGACGACGUCUGGGGUGUUCUUGCACUGGCCAACCUCGACAUUGUUGGCAAGAGCCACAAAGGAAAGUUUGAUGUCGACCGAACAGUGGUUGACUCGUGGUUUCUCAGGUGGCGCGAGACCAGCUUCGCCACCUUCAAUACCCAAACCGACUUCGAGAAGGUCAUCUUCCCUACGUUCGCUUUCGAAGACUCCAAGGGUUUUGGGUCUCGCGACGAAAUGGCUGUGCCAGAGAACCAGUCCAAGAUUCGUACCAUGCGCAAUCAGCUCCGUGUAAAGGUCAGCGACAAAAUCUGGUCCGUCAUUCGGGGUCAUGACGGCUGGCUCUUGCACAGUGACAAGUGCGCCUGCUGGGUAGUAGCUCACUACAACUACCUCAAGGCGCUUGAGAAGGCGGGUGUGCUUUGCCCUGAGCUUGACCGCAGGAAGACCAUCAUGGAGUUGGUUGAACUCAUGGAGACGGUCGAGUACGAGGAGCCACUGAAUGCCAAUUCCCGACAUAGUGCCGGCGUCUGCUCGGCCGGGGAUGGGCCGUCGGCUGAUUGA